AUGUUGCGAUUGGGUGGUUCUCUCCGGUCGGUUCGCUGUUUCGCCACAGCUACAGCUGCAGCGGUCAAGAAGCCGACUACAACAGGGCAAAUAUUGUGGCUGAUCGAUUUGGCUGUCAGGACUCCAUUUGCUGUAUCUGGCACAGUAUUCAAGGACCUCUGGGCAGUUGACCUACAAAGAGAGGCCUUGAAAGCUUUGAUAGCUCGCACUCAUAUUCCUUACAAGGACAUCGACCACAUAAUUUGUGGCACUGUGAUUCAAGAGUGCAAGACAAGCAAUGUCGCCAGAGAAGCUGCGCUGCAGGCCGGAAUACCCGACAAGGCUCGAAAAGCUAUGCUAGGCAUGCAGAAGGCAAAAACUGCUGGAGACAAGCUGAAGAUAGGCAAGUACAUCCUUAAAGUCAUUUUGGUUGUUCGUGAUAAUAGAGCGGAUAUUGUGCGGAACAUGUUUGCACCCGAAUUACCAGCUGUGGCUGAAUUUUCCACUGGCGAAACGAUGGGACACAGCGGUGAUCGGCUUGCGGCUGCCUUCAAUGUUUCAAGGAAAGAGCAGGAUGAGUUCGCCCUCCGAUCGCACAAGCUAGCGAAGGCGGCAGCAGAUGCAGGAAAAUUGAAAGAUAUUAUCCCUGUGUUUUUGGAUGGAAAGAAGCCGCAAACAGUGAAAGCUGAUAAUGGUGUUCGUGUAUCUACCCCUGAAAAGAUGGCAACACUGAAGCCUGCGUUCGUGAAGCCUCAUGGAACCGUUACUGCUGCUAAUGCCUCCUUCCUGACCGACGGUGCCUCAGCUUGCCUCAUUAUGACAGAAGACUAUGCCCUGGCUAACGGCUAUAAACCUAUGGCCUAUCUGCGACAGUAUCAAUAUGUUGCCCAGGAUCCGAAGGACCAGCUACUUCUCUCACCGGCUUAUGUGAUUCCUAAGCUGUUGGAUAAGGCCGGACUUACAUUAAAAGAUGUGGAUGUCUUUGAAAUCCAUGAGGCUUUUGCUGGACAAGUUCUUGCCAACCUCAAUGCUCUCGACUCCGACUACUUCUGUAAGGAGCACAUGGGCCGGUCGGGUAAAUUUGGACGCUUGCCAAUGGAAAAGAUCAACAACUGGGGUGGAUCUCUUUCAAUAGGACAUCCGUUUGGAGCUACAGGUGUUCGGCUAGUCGCUCAUGCAGCUGGUAGACUGAAGGUACUUGGCUUAGUUCUAAUAAUUAUUACAUCAGUCUAA